UUCCCCUCCCCCCCCCGCAAAUCUUCAAUUUGGACGCCAGAGCUGGUCUCGUCAUGGCGUCGGACGAUGAUGGCUCUGCCCCCCGUAAGAGGCGCAGAGUCAGUCCUCCUACCGCGCCUUAUCUGUUCCGACCUCUCUUGGAACAGGUACCGCUGUCAGCGGAUGGUUCCGAUGACGAUACCCGGAUCACCUGCGUUGAGUACUGGAAUGACAAUUUGUAUAUCGGCACUUCCUCCGCCGAGAUUCUGCAUUUCGUCUGCCUCCCCCCCGACCCCUCCGACCAGUCGAGUGAGCCGUCCUUUAUCCUAGCGUCGAGAUUGCCCAUCCCGCAUUCCCCCAACGCUUCGAUUCCACCGGAACAACGGGGCAUUCAGCAGAUCGUUCUUCUCCCCGCCGUCGGGAAAGCGUGUGUUCGGUGCAAUGGCACGGCCACCUUUUACCUGCUCCCCGAGCUGAGCCCGGCAUUCGGUAACCUCAAGAUCAACAACUGCUGCUGGAUCGGGGGGCUGGAUCAGAACGCGGUACCGGAGGAUGAAGAGACACAAUUGAUCAUGAUUGCAGUCCAGAAUAAAACCAUGCUGGUACAAAUCGGGGACGGAGCGCGCUUGCUUAGGAAUAUUGAGUUCCCCGGUUGCUUGGCUGCGUCGCGCAGGGGAUUUGUCGCUUGCGCUGCAGACGCCAACUCGUACUCGCUCCUCGAUGUCCAGCACCAGCAAAAGAUACACCUGUUACCCAUCUCCUUUUUGAGCGACGGACUCGGCCCUGGCCCUGUGGAGGACGUGCAGGGGGCGUCGCUAUCCCCGCCACCGCAGUCCUCGGCCGAUGGCUCUAGCCAUGGCCGAAGCUCUAGUCUCAAUACAUUGACUGGGAUGUUGCAGUCAGAAUCACCGCCAGGCUCGCGGGAACGGGCAAGCUCUCUAUCCCCCAUGUCGUCUCCCAAUCCUGCGAGCCCGAGACGAUCGGUUUCCCGAGAUCGUGAAAAUAGCGCAUCGCCACGGGGUUCUUCCGAACAGCCGCCAUCCGAUGCUCGGAAGCCGCUCCCUCCUUUGCCAAAGCGGUUGAAACCCCAUGUGUUAUCUCCGACGUCCACCGAAUUUCUUUUAGUCAGGGGAACAGACGAGUCAGAACCUGGUGUCGGCAUGUUUUUCAAUGUGGAUGGUGAUUUGGUUCGUGGGACGAUCACCUUCAACAAGUACCCCGAGUCGCUUGUGAUCGACGCAGGUGACGAGACCAAUUUAAUACAGUCGCCGGAUAACAGGCGCGAUGAACUCAUCCUUGCGUUGGUAGACCUCAGUGAAGAUCAGGAACCUCGCAAGGCGUUGGAAGUACAACCCUGGGAUGUAGACCCGGCCGAGGCCGAAACGCAUAAAAGCUGGGUGCAGAUCCCCGCGCCUCCAGGGACGCAGCCGUCUUACGUGGGCCUCCGCAACACACUGAGUUCUAGUCAAUUUGAACUCAGUGAGGUUGGGCAGUUACUGCAGAUGGUUCGUCUCAAAACACCGUCUUUGUUGCCACACAUGUCUCCCAACGACCCGCGCACCCAGGCCUCCAUCGAGCAGCUGCAGAAAGAAAAGGAACUGUUCGAGUCCCAGGAAUCGACAGACUCCGAGGGUGCUAAGAAAGGAGACCCUCAACGGGGCUGGGAAGCAGAGCGCAAUGCCGAAGAGACCAAAUUUGCUCGAGCGCUGGGCAAAGCCCAAAGCGGACUCGUACUCUGGUCGGGAAAUCAGAUCUGGCGGGUUGUGCGUAAUCCGCUCACCUCCCAAUUGAAUGACGCGCUCCAGGGGGCUCAGACUGAAGACGAGAACGGGAACAGGGCUUUGGAUAGGGAUGCCAUAAUGGAUAUCAUUGACGUGGUUCUGGAAACAGAGCCCCGGUCCGAGGCCGAGUUUUUAGGGCUCAACUACCUGAAGCAGAAGGCGAGCCUGCUGCUCUUUGGAGACCUAAUCUCGAUGGACGCAGCAGCGAGAGACGAAGCGGCUUUCGACGCCACGGAACGAGCCCUUAUCACGGGAGACCUGGACCCGCGGAUCGCAUUGGUAUUGGUUCCUCUCCUGCGACGGGAGGUCCUGCAAGGCCCGCAAGGGAUCUGGAUCCAUGCAGGGCUGGCUCAGACUGCAGAAGUCUACCUGCAGCAGUUGGAGAAGCGCACAGGCGACUCCCCAUAUCCUAUCGAUGGCGAUGUCCUGAACCUGGUCAAGCGGUUCUUACUCUCAUGGCAGCAAAAGAGGGGCUACGGAAGCAUCACCGACGAGACAUACGUCUUUGACAGCGUCGACGCGGCUCUCCUGCAUCUCCUUCUGGAGCAAGACUCGAAGCACACGCCGGAACAGCGCCAGUCGUCGCAGACGCGGGCCGAGAUGAAUCGACUGGUCGACAACUGGAAAGGCAGCUUCGACCGAGCGGUGGCACUGCUGGAAGAAUACAAGCGACUGUUCGUGCUGAGCCGGCUGUAUCAGAGCCAGAAGAUGUCGCGCAAUGUGCUCAAAACGUGGCGGCGGAUUAUCGAAGGGGAGGAAGAUAUCGGCCAGGAGGUCACUGUCUCUGGCGCCGAGGCGCAGAUGCGCAGGUACCUAGCUAAGAUCAAAGAUGCGCAGCUCGUUGAGGAAUACGGGUCGUGGCUGGCUGGGCGCAACCCCAAACUUGGGACCCAGGUGUUUGCGGAUAGCAGCAGUCGAGUCAAAUUGGCGCCAGCUGAGGUCGUUCCUCUGCUGAAAGAGCGGGCACCCAACGCCGUGCAGGUCUACCUGGAGCACCUUGUUUUUUCAAAGAAUUUGACGCAAUACGCCGACGACCUCCUCUCAUAUUACCUAGACACAGUGCUUUCCGUGCUCGAAACGUCCCCUGAAGCACGAGAAUCUCUUUCCGAAUCAUACUCCACCUACCGUGCCCUACAACCCCCCAAACCAACAUACAUGAACUUCAUCACUGCGAACGCGCCCCCAGAGCCAUGGUGGCAGUCCCGGAUCCGACUCCUACAGCUCCUCGGCGGCAGCAGCAGCAGCAGCAGUCAAUUCUCAUCAUCGACGACCCCGACAACCCCAACCAACCUCACCUACUCAAUCCCAAGCAUUCUCUCCCGCAUCGAACCCUUCCAACACGAGCUCGUCUCGGAAUCGGUCAUCCUCGACGGCCUCCAAGGCCGCCACCGUGACGCACUCCACCUCCUCACGCACGGGCUAGGCGACUACGACUCCGCAAUCCGAUACUGCAUCUUCGGCGGCCCCAGCUCAGCCGCACCAGCAGACCGGACCCUCCAACGCGAACUCUUCAGCAACCUGCUGGACGAAUUCCUGCGCAUCUCAGACCCCUCCGAGCGCAUCGAGCGCUCCAGCGACGUGCUCGCGCGCUUCGCCGCGUGGUUCGACGUCAGCGACGUGCUGCGGCUCGUCCCGGACGACUGGAGCGUGGAUAUCCUGAGCGGAUUCCUAGCGCAUGUGUUCCGCGUGCUAGUGACGGAGAGCCGCGAGGUGCGGAUCGAGCGCGCGCUCAGCGCGGCUCUCAACUUGCGCGUUGGGACGGAGUUUAUUGAUGGGGUGGAUAAGGUUGGUGGGUGGGUGGAAGAUGCGGAGGGGUUGCGCAGGUUGCGGGAUGGGCCCGGGCCUGUUGAUGGGGAGUUUGGGGAUAUGGUGAAUGGGAGUUAG